AUGUAUUCAGAGGAAGAGGUGGGUGAACUGGCUGGGCCCCAAAGCAUUUACAACAGGUACAAUGUCCUCCCCCACAGAACAGACUGUAGUAGUGGUGGAAAUGGGGUGCACAGUGGAUUUGGUGUACUUGAGUCAUCCCUGGAACCAACUCUCCACUCCACCCCAUCCAUGGAAGGAUUGUCUUCCAUGAAGUUGGUCCCUGUUGUAUCAGAUAUUGCAGAAUUACUCUAUGUAGAAGUUGCAGCAAUUGACACGUCCAGAGUCUCUCACAGUUUAGAACUGGUAGAAACAGCAAGGCAAAACUUUGGAAACAAGGAAGUCCUAGGACAUGUAUUGAUGCUUCCUAUUGAAGAGCUGUUGAAUCUUUUGGGAAAUUCCUAUAAUGAGCAAUCAGUGGUGUUAUACUUUAUCGAAUCAACUCAGAGGAAAGAAAUGUUCUCGAUACUUAAUAAUGCUGUCUACCAGUUUGAACACUGUUCCUGGCAGCCCCAUAGAUUUGUCCUAAGAAUUCCUAUAAAAGAGUGCGGAGACCACCACUACCUCCCUGUCAGCCUGAAAGAAAGCCACUUAAAGGGUCAGCAGGACCGCAGCGGCUUUGAAAUUAAGAAGGCCUCUAAUGGGAACAAAGAUAAACUCAUUGCACCAGUUGCAGAAGAAGAGGCCAACAAUAAGAUCACUGUAGUGGGUGGACAAGUUGGUAUGGUGUGUGCAAUCAGCAUUUUGGGAAAGUCUCUGGCUGAUGAACUUGCCCAGGUGGAUGUUUUGGAAGAUAAACUCAAAGGAGAAAUGAUGGAUCUGCAGCACGGAAGCUUAUUUUUUCAGACAUCUAAAAUUGUGGCAGAUAAAGAUUACUCUGUGACUGCCAAUUCCAAGAUUGUGGUGGUGACUGCUGGAGUCCGUCAAUAGGAGGGGGAGAGUCAUCUCAACCUGGUGCAAAGAAACGUUAAUAUCUUCAAAUUCGUUAUUCCCCAGAUCAUCCAGUAUAGCCCCGACUGCAUCAUAAUUGUGGUUUCCAACCCAGUGGACAUUCUCACUUAUGUUACCUGGAAACUAAGUGGCUUGCCCAAGCACCGUGUGAUUGGAAGUGGGUGUAAUCUGGAUUCUGCUAUAUUUCGCUAUCUCAUGGCUGAAAAACUUGGCGUUCAUCCCACCAGCUGUCACGGAUGGAUUUUGGGAGAACAUGGCGACUCAAGUGUGGCUGUGUGGAAUGGCGUGAAUGUGGCAGGUGUUUCUCUCCAGGAACUGAAUCCAGAAAUGGGGACGGACAAUGACAGCAAAAAUUGGAAGGAAGUACAUAAGAUGGUUGUUGAAAGUGCCUAUGAAGUCAUCAAGCUAAAAGGAUAUACCAACUGGGCGAUUGGAUUAAGUGUGGCUGAUCUCAUUGAAUCCAUGUUGGAAAAUCUGUCCAGGAUUCAUCCAGUGUCAACCAUGGUGAAGGGGAUGUAUGGCAUCGAGAAUGAAGUCUUCCUGAGCCUUCCACGUAUCCUCAACAUUCAGGGAUUGACCAGUGUUAUCAACCAGAAGCUGAAGGACGACGAGGUUGCUCAGCUCAAGAAGAGUGCAGACACGCUGUGGGACAUCCAGAAGGACCUGAAAGACCUGUGACUACUGAGGUCUAGGCUGUAGAAAUUCUAACACUACAAUGUGAUUAACCAUGAGCCUUUAGUUUCCAUCCAGGUAUGUGGAUUACAGUUUGCUUUUACCUUAAUAU